AUGAAGCUUACCAUUACACCACUCAAGCCUUCCGCUAUCCCAGGCGACGAUGAGAUCAUGCUUGAGGCAGAAUCCUUGUUGGACUCGAUAACAUCUUGGAAGGCGGGCAAGACAUACCACCAUACGGUCAAGACCUACUCUCACCCGAAGGGACCCGAUGACGGCGCACCCUGGCAUGCACGAGUUAGCGUCCAUAAGCCCGAGGAAGCCACAAUGCUCCAAAUGUGGGACAAACUAGGCAAAGACAAGGCGGUCAACGAGAAAGAAUUCAUCCCCGACAUCGCGAAAGUCGCGAAAGUCAAGGAAGUAUCUGCCACGCAGACGAUAUGGACCUUGUAUUAUACGUUCUCACCGCCCAUCAUCUCCCCACGGGUCUUCACCGUCGUCCAAAUCACCCGUCUAUCUGAAUCAAGUCCACGUUCAGGUCUAAUUGUCUCUAUACCCGUCGACCUCUCCGGCGACGAAGAACUCGCGAAGCUUGAGGAGAAAGGAGUUCGAGGUAGAUAUGUCAGUGUUGAGCGGUUGCUUGAACUUCCGGAUGGGACCACUGAGUGGCGAAUGGCUACGUCCAGCACGCCUGGAGGAUCCAUUCCGUCAUACUUCGUAGAGAAAUCCAUGGACUCGAAGAUUGCUGAAGAUGUUCCUCAUUUCAUGAAGUGGCUCCAUAGCCUCCGCAAAGCCCGCAACAGAAUGAGACCAUUACUGUUGGAUAGAGGACAUUCAUAA